AUGGUCUCCUUCACCAAGCUCAUCGCUGCCGGCCUUGUCGCCUCCACUGCCGUGGCCGCCCCUCACGCCCACCAGCACUCCCAUGUGCACGUCACAAAGCGCUCCUCCAACAAGCGCGGUGCCGCCUACAAUGACGUCUCGACCGUCCAUUCCCUGAGCAGCAGCGGCGCCAUCUCCUGGGCCUACGACUGGAACAUGGUCUCCUCGGGCACCCUGCCCUCGAACGUCGAGUUCGUGCCCAUGCUCUGGGGCAGCAAGAUGUUCGGCGAGUGGUUCACUACCAUCCAAACCCUGCUCGGCAGCGGCUGCAACUACAUCAUGGGCUUCAACGAGCCCGACCAGAGCUCCCAAGCCGCCAUGACCCCCUCCGAGGCCGCCCAGUCCUACGCCAAAUACAUCACGCCCUACAGCGGCAAGGCCAAGCUGGUGACGCCCGCCGUGACCAACGGCGGCGGCAACGACGUCGGUCUCGGCUGGAUGCGCCAGUUCCUCGACGCCUGCUCCGACUGCGGCAUGAGCGUGCUCGCCGUGCACUGGUACGGCGCCUCGGCCGACGAAUUCAAGACCUUCGUCCAGGAAGCCCAGGAGCUCGCGUCCCAGUACAACCUCCAGGAAACCUGGGUGACGGAGUUCGCUCUCAGCAGCGCCAUGACGGCCGGCUCGGGCACCCAGGAAUCCACCGACUUCCUGAACGAGGUGAUCCCCUGGCUCGACUCGCAGAGCGGCAUCGGUCGCUAUGCCUACUACAUGUGUGCCGACGGCUUCUUGCUGGAGGGCAGCGACCUCAGCGCCAGUGGAAAGGCCUACACCUACCAAUCCUGA